AUGUUUGACCCAGUAAUAGAAAAAAUCAUUCGUUUGAUUCGCAAUCAAUUGACAUCUUCAAAAGAAAAAUGUUCAGCAAUGUUUAUAGUUGGAGGUUUUGCGGAAUCGCCAUAUCUUGUCUCAAAAGUAAAGGAAGCUUUCAAUUCUGCAGGUGUCAUUUAUGGUUUAAAUAAAAAGACAAUUGCAACACGCCAAUUGAAAUUAAAUUAUGGUGUUCAAGUUUAUCCAUUAUGGAAAAAAGGAGUAGACCCAAAGAAAAGAAUGACAGCAGAAGGGCGUAUAUAUAAGUUUAAUUGUUUGGCAUAUCGUGGGAAAGAAUAUUCUCCAGAUAAACCAUUCAGUUCAACAUAUUAUCCCGUGUAUCCUGACCAAACUGGCAUUAAUUUUAAGGUAUAUGCUACUGCAAGACAUAAUCAAAGAUUUUGUGAUGAACCUGGAAUGAAGCCUAUUGGAGAAUUGUAUGUCGAAUUACCUGACGUUGAAUCAAAACUUGAUAGACCUGUAUUCUUUUCUUUAAUGUUUGGCGAAUCACUUAUUACUGCAACAGCACAAAACAAAAAUACAGAAAGAAUUUAUACAGCUGAAUUUAAGUAUACUAUACCUGAUUUUUAUUUUGGACCAACAACAUGUUAA